CUACCAGGAAGUUCUAGAAGAGUACGAGGCUGCGUCGUUUGGCGACCCGGUGUUUGGCCUGUACGUCUUACUGCCGCUCCAGCAACGACACGGGGCCGACCUACGCCGCGCUCUGUGGGGGGAGAGAAGCAAGAUACUGAGGUCGCUGAGGGUACCGCUAUCAGAGUUGCUGAUCCCGGUGGAGAACUUCCUGUGUCCGGACGAGACAGACGUGGAGUUAGUUGGGAUCUACCUGCGGGCGCUGGUGUGUGGGUGGGUGCAGGCGGCGUGGUCGCCCCUCAUGUACCUAGUAGCCGUGCACCAUCUCAACCGCUUCCUCUUCCUGUCCGUCGACGAUGGCGCCCGGUUGCCACGGCAACUCAUGUGGGCCGCAGUGCUGGGGGAGGGGACGGGGAAG